AUGGCUAUUCUUCAAGAUCUGGAGGUAAAGUUUAUUUUUAUUUUUAUUUCUUUUACCGAAAUUGUUCUAAAGUUCUUUUCCUUGGAUGUUGAUGGUCGUAGGGUUUACCUAAUAAGGGAAGGGGGAAGGAUCCUAGAGUUCAUAUAUAGCAGCAAACAGUUAAAAACGAAGGAAGGUUUAAUAGCCGGAAGGCCCGGAACAGCCACAACCCACUAUUUUGCAAGUGAAGAGUUCAAGAUCAAACAGGAAAAACCUAAGUCAUUCACUUGCAGCCCCGAGGAGGUCAUUUCAAGUGGUGACUAUAAACAAUCCACAUACUGUUACCUCCUCCAUGGCCUCUUCUUCUCUGAUCAAGUAGAGUUCAUAACGUUAACAUUCGCUUACAGCACAGUCCAAGCAUUUCGAUCAUUCGACGAGCUAUGGAAAGACAUAUGCAAUGACAUUAAAGAAUGCACUCUUACUCCAAAAUUCAUCUUGCCAAAGAUUAGCAAAGUUGUCCUGGACAUCAUCACACCAAACCCAUGUUUGGCUUCGAGGAUCCAAGAUUGUUGUGAGGAGUUGAAGGAUCUAGACUGGUUUGGUCUAAUUCCUAAACUAUGGCCAAAUGUGAAGUAUGUGUACUCUAUAAUGACUAGAUCAAUGCAACCAUACUUGAAAAAAUAUGGAUCCACAGAGAGUUGGAUUGGGGUGAAUGUGAAUCCUUCUCUAUCGGAGAAUGUUACUUUCGUAGUUGUACCCACAUUUUCUUACUUCGAGUUCAUACCACUGCAAGAGUACUACCUUAAUUCACCCACAGAUGACUACUUAGAAGAUGAACCAUUACCAUUAUCUCAAGUGAAGAUUGGACAGGAGUAUGAGAUUGUCCCAACUACUUUAACAAGUGUGUUAAAUUAA